UGCCAGGGUAACCGGGCGUCGGUGUCGGAGCUGGUGUCUUCCUGUGGCAGUGCUACCGAUUUCUGUGUGCUGAGCUCCCGAGACUAUGAAUCAGAGUGAAAGAUUCGUUUUCAUCACAGAGUGGUACGAUCCAAAUGCUUCGCUUUUUCGGCGGUAUGAGCUUUUGUAUUACCCAGGGGACGGAUCUGUUGAAAUGCAUGACGUGAAGAACCGCCGCACCUUCCUGAAGCGGACCAGGUAUGACGGCCUCCACCUGGAAGAUCUGUUCAUCGGCAACAAAGUGAACGUCUUCUCCCGGCAGCUGGUGCUGGUUGAUUACGGCGACCAGUACACAGCUCGCCAGCUGGGCAGCAGGAAAGAAAAAACUUUAGCCCUGAUUAAGCCAGAUGCUGUUUCAAAAGCUGGAGAAAUAAUUGAAAUAAUAAACAAAGCUGGAUUUACUAUCACCAAACUCAAAAUGAUGAUGCUUUCAAGGAAAGAAGCAGCAGAUUUUCAUAUAGACCAUCACUCAAAGCCCUUUUUUAAUGAGCUGAUCCAGUUUAUUACAAGUGGUCCUGUUAUUGCCAUGGAGAUUUUAAGAGAUGAUGCUAUAUGUGAAUGGAAGAGACUUCUCGGACCUGCCAACUCCGUGGUGGCGCGUGCGGAUGCGCCCGGAAGCAUCCGAGCCCUCUUUGGAGCCGACGGCAUCAGAAAUGCAGCCCAUGGCCCCGACUCCUUCGCCUGUGCGGCCCGAGAAAUGGAGUUAUUUUUUCCUUCGAGUGGAGUCUGUGGACCAGCGAACUCUGCUAAAUUUACCAAUUGUACUUGUUGCAUUAUUAAGCCCCAUGCCAUCAGCGAAGGAAUGCUGGGGAAGAUUCUAAUGGCCAUCCGAGACGCAGGCUUUGAGAUCUCAGCUAUGCAGAUGUUCAACAUGGAUCGAGCUAACGUUGAAGAGUUUUACGAAGUUUAUAAAGGAGUUGUGUCUGAGUAUAACGAGAUGGUGACAGAAAUAUAUUCUGGCCCUUGCGUGGCAUUGGAGAUCCUGCAGACGAACCCUGCAAAGACCUUCCGAGAGCUCUGUGGGCCUGCGGAUCCUGAAAUUGCCCGGCAUCUGCGCCCCGGCACCCUCCGGGCGGUCUUCGGCAAAUCCAAGAUCCAGAACGCUGUGCACUGCACCGACCUGCCGGAGGACGGGCUGCUGGAGGUCCAGUAUUUCUUCAAGAUCCUGGAUAACUAGCGGUGGAGACAAAGGAGCCGGCGCGGAGACGAGGGACUCAGGCAGAGGAG